UUUCUAUUUCCUUGUUGGUCUUGACAGUUGUGUGGAAAUGGAACUGAAGUUGGAUGGAAAAAAACUGCCAUUGCGAAGGACACGAGAGGAUGGAAAGAAUGAUGACGAUGAUGUCGUCGGGAAGAAGAAUAGAACUGAAGUCAGACGGGUGGAGUCUUGUUUGGAUCAACCAAUGGAUUCAGACAGUAUCCAUGAAGUGGUCACGUAUACACCGUCACUGCUACCAGCCAGUCACUACGACGGAGACACCACUGAACCAAUCAGCUGUGGUCUUCAGACUCUAGAUGAACUGUUGUCAUGGAAACGCAGUGAGGCAAACCCCUUUAACGUGGCAGUGGUCCCUCUGGCGCCUCGGGAGCCCCCCCUGGCCGACAGCGCACGUAGGACAUUGGUGUCUCAGGACAUGAUGGGUGGCUACCUCGACGACAGGUUUCUCCAGGGGACAACUUCAGACGCUCCGUAUGCCUUCUACCACUGGCACUACAUUGAUAUUUUCAACUACUUUACACACAUCAUGGUGACUAUUCCUCCUGCUGUGUGGACCAGUGCUGCACACAAACAUGGAGUUGUUGUUAUAGGGACUUUUAUCACAGAGUGGACUGAUGGAGCCGCGGCGUGUGAGUCGUUCCUGAAAGACGAGGAGUCGUAUCGCGCUGUCGCUGAUAAACUCGUCCAGAUCAGCCAUUAUUAUGGCUUUGAUGGCUGGCUCAUUAACAUCGAGAAUAAACUCAGUGAGGUCGCAGUGAAGAACACGCCGUUGUUCCUGCGCUAUCUGAGCGACCAGAUGCACGAGCGAGUGCCCGGCAGCCUGGUCGUGUGGUACGACAGCGUGGUCGAAAACGGACAGCUCAACUGGCAGAACGAACUCAACCAGUCCAACAGGCUGUUUUUUGACGCCUGUGAUGGUUUUUUCACCAACUACAACUGGACAGAGGAACACCUGGAGAGGAUGAAAGACUACAGUGGACUCGGAGGCCGCGGUGCCGACGUCUACGUCGGGGUAGACGUGUUCGCUCGUGGCAACGUGGUGGGAGGAAUGCUGGAAACCAAUAAGUCUCUAGCCGUCAUUCGGAAGCACAACUUCUCUGUGGCCAUCUUUGCUCCAGGCUGGGUGUACGAGAGCCACGAUGAUAAGACUGAAUUCCGCAAGAAUCAGGACACGUUCUGGGCUCUUCUCUCGGACUUCCUGUACGUCCACCGUCCAACGUCAGCUCUUCCCUUCAUUUCCUCCUUCUGCCAAGGCUUUGGGAAGAGCCUGUACUGGAGAGGACAGCAGGAGACGGAGAGAAGCUGGUUCAACCUGUCUGCUCAGGAGAUUCAGCCCAUGUAUUACCACACAGAGCUGGAGGGCCCGGGCUGGCUGAGGAGCCGCGGCUGCCCGGAGGACGCCUGGAACGGAGGCUGCUCGCUGCUGCUCGAAGGCCUCAUCCCCGCCUCUCUCACGUCUCAAGUUUCCGCCAAGAUCUUCUCCCUCCACGUUCCCCUGCCGCCCAAGAUCCUGGUGAGCCUCAUCUAUAAGCCAUCUGACGGGAUCAGUGUCUCUCUGGAGCUCAAGACUACAGACGCCAGUCUCUGCACAAAUACAGACGGGAAGCAAGGAAGCAAGGAAUUUAAACUUGACAGUGUGCAUCCGAAGGUUUUGGAUCAUGGACACCAGCUGGCCAGUCAGUUCUCUCAGCUUUGUGGCAGCUUGAAUCCAGAUGGCUGGACUGUCAGGUGUUUGCAGCUGGAGCUUCGAGGCUGUACUCUGAGAGAAGUCUGUGUCAGCAUCCAGAGGAAGGGAGAGGCUCGGGACACGGCUUUCACCUGCAGGGUGGGAGAGAUCAUGCUCCUGGAUGCAGCCACUCUGCACGUUCCCUCCGACGUGGUUAAGGGCUUGUGUAUUUAUGACGUGGUGUGGCUGCGCGGUGCCGCUUCCUCCACCUCGUCCACCUCGUCCAGCCUGCACCUCACCGCCACUCUGCGCUGGGAUUAUCCCACUGAGCUGGUGCGAUACUUCAGGGUGUACUGGCGACGGUUGAGAGGACCCAAUCCACGAGUCCCUCCAGGUCAGCUGGUUCUGCUGGGACGGGCGUAUUCUAAUCUGUACAGGGUCGCAGAGCUGGCGGUGCCAGAGCCGGCUGGUUUACUGGAGCUGGUGGUGGAGCCAGUGAACAGGAAGGGCUUCCUGGUCCCAGAGAGCCAGUGGGGACGAAGAAGCUUCAGCUACACGGGGGGCGUCACAGAAUGACUUUGCAGAAAUGUGAUCACAUGGUGCUUCACCUGCUCACGUAUGACAAAAAAUGUUAAUUGGGAAUGCUGAGUCAGGUUGUUUUAGUUUGUGUGUGAGAACCCAAUAUUCUUGUUCCCCUGAACCCAGAUUUCCAAUUCAGAAAUUCAGAGCAACAUCACAUCACACCCUGAGAUAUGAUAUGAUGACUAUUAACCAUUAGUAAAUCCGUGGUACACAGGGUAUUAAGCUAUUGCUAACAAUGGCUAACCUGAGAUAUGUUUGCAUCUAUGGUUUUUUCCAACUCCAACCAUCGGUCUACAAACUUUCAGGGAUGAAACAUAAACUACUGGUCCACAGAUCAGUGUCUGUUUGCAUCUGAAAAACCUAUCAAACACCAAAUAAUUAAAACACGUUUGUCUGUGUGACACGUGAGCAUUCAUUCUAACUAAAUCAGCCAAACAAGCCUCUCCAGUAUAUUGUAUAACCAGGCCUGACAUUUACAUUAACACUGUAUCUGUCUCUGAUAUUUAUAUUUGCACCUAAUACUCACUUUUGUAUGUAGGAAAUACAAUUAUCCACAACAUUAGAACUGUUAACUGCUUCCAAUGCUGUGGCAGAUUAAAGUAUAUGAAGCUUGUUUUGAUAUACUAAUAAUAAUAAUAAUAAAAAAUCAUAAAUACUAUAACGUAAAUCUUAUUGUUGUUACAAUUAUUCUCAUGGUUUGAACAAGUCUGACUAAUAACUGAAGAUAUGAACACAUUAUUACCUCAAACAGUGACCAGGAUCUUCAUUUACCUCAACUGUUAGAUAAUUGACCAUGUUUGCAUCAGGAAGAUGGAAUUCCUUCAUAUUCACAUGUUUAAUAAACCAAAUUAUUGAGUUUAA